UGACUCACUCAGCCGCGCGGAGGCUGGGAGAGCUCCGCGGUGUCUGUGGCGAACACGUCUUUAUCAACCAUUGAAUGAAACAACUAACUAAAGGACUAACUUCUGAAACAAGCAGCGUGUUUCUAACCUGAAACGACAUGAACUCCAUACGCCAAAGUGUCGUGAUGGAGCGACUUGUGAACGAGCUGGGCUCUCUGCUGAAGAUGCUGGACCACGAGACGGUCAGUCCUGCCACUUCUGAAAAGAUGGCCUCCAUACGUAACAUCCUGGACUCACUGCAGCUGUCAGUCAAUGGAUCAGACGUCUACAUGAACAGCUGUCUCUAUGGCAACGGGACCAGUUUUGUCGAGUCUCUGUUUGAGGAUUUUGACUGUGAUUUGCACAUGCUCAGUGCAUCUCCUGUGGAGCAGAAAGAGGACAAAGAGGAAGAGGAGGAGACCCAUCUGAAUAAAUCUACUCCGACAGACACGCCCCCUCCACUGCCGACCACCCCCCUCCCUGAUGACUACUAUGAAGAGGCUGUUCCUCUCGAUCCUGGAUCCACACCUCAGUAUUUUACCACCAACAUGAACACAUCCAGAAACUCUGUGGAGGAUGCCUACUAUGAAGAUGCAGACAAUAACUAUCCCCUCACCCAGAUUAAUGGACCUCCAAAAAACUCCUACAAUGACUCUGAUGCUCUGAGCAGCUCCUACGAGUCUUAUGAAGAAGAGGACGAUGAGGCCAAAGGGCGGGACCAGAGGGAGGAGAGCUCAGAUGUGCCAGUUAGAGACUGUCGCAUCUGUGCCUUUCUGUUACGAAAGAAACGCUUUGGCCAGUGGGCUAAACAGCUAGUUGUUGUCCGAGACAAUAAACUGCAGUGCUACAAGAGCAUCAAAGAGAGCACUCCUCAAACAGAGCUCCCGCUGAGUCUGUGCAAUGUCAUCUACGUCCCGAAGGAGGGGCGGAAAAAGAGACACGAGUUACGCUUCUCGUUGCCUGGGGGUGAAGCUCUGGUCCUGGCGGUUCAGAGUAAAGAGCAGGCCCAGCGAUGGCUCAAGGUGGUGCAAGAUGUCAGCAGCCAAAGUAGCUACACUGAUGGACUGGAGGGGUCCACCUCUCCGAUUAUACAGAGGAAGUUGGAGCUUGACAAGAUUCUGCACUGUGAAAGGCAGGCGUCGGACUCGGACAGCGGGCCAACAGCAGAAAACCAGUUCACUGCACAGGGACCAGGGCGGGACUCCACUGACUCACUCAACAGGGGGAAACGAGGAGCUUUCUCUGAACUGACGGGGUCGAUGAGCCGAGCUGCAGGGAAGAAAAUCAAUCGGAUCAUCACUUUCUCCAAAAAGAAACCUCCUUUACCCGGAGAGCCUCCCUCGUCUUCCAACCAUCAUGACAACCCACGCUGUGGCUACCUCAGUGUGUGUCUGAGUGGCUCCUGGAAGGAGCGAUGGUGCGUAGUGCGUGGUGGGAGCUUGUGCCUGCUGAAGGACCCCGGGGACCAGCGGCCUCCAGUUGUUGUGGUGCCACUCAAAGGUGCAGAGGUGGUGACCGGCAGCCUCGGCCCCAAACAUCCUUUCUCCUUCUGCAUCCUGCAGGGAGGCAGCGAACUUGCAUCUUUGGAGGCCAGUGGCUCAGAGGAUCUUGGUCGCUGGCUGGGUGUGUUGUUUGCAGAGACAGGCAUCACCACUCUCCCUGAAGAGCUGCACUAUGACUACAUUGACGUGGACACGAUAACUGACAUCCGACAUGCUGCCAGAAACUCCUUCCUUUGGGCCACCACCACUGCUACUUCGUCCAGCAGUGCCUCGACAGACUCCAGGAUGUAUGAUGAAGUCUAUGAAAGUGUUGCUGAAGGGGAAGGUGAUGCAGAGAGCAGAACUGGACAGAUAAGACGUCAUGCCUCCUUCUCAAGUAGGGACUCUGAAAAAACUGAACAACAGGCUGCCGUCAAAAGACACGCCUCCAAUGUGAAUCAGUAUGCACGGUACGGGAAGACGCGUGCAGAGGAGGACGCCAGGCGUUACCUGAACCAGAAAGAGGAGCUUGAGAAGCAGAAGGAGGAGCUCAGAAAUGCUCUGAUUUCACUCCGCAGGGAGAAGAAGGAGGUGAAGGAAGAGAUGAAGAGCAAUGCAGGUCAUGGUGUUGAACAGCGGUUAGCCAAGCUGGAGUUGCUGUGUAAACAAAAAGAGGAGGAAAGGGUGGAGCUGGAGCUCAGACUGACAGAGGUCAAAGAAAACCUAAAGAAGUCAUUGGCUCGAGGAGCACUGGGUCCGCCCACUGACACCAAGAUCAGCAUCAAGGCACAGGGCAAUAAGGUAGAAAAGGUAUACAAUGAGACUGUACCGGUCAACUCAGCGUCUGAGCUUCGAAAACGCCCUCCAUCUCUUUACGCCUCCUCAAAGGGGACCGUCAUGCAGAAGGCAAAGGAGUGGGAGUCGAAGAAGGGGACCUAAACCGUGUAAAAACGGAUUCACAGAUGGAUUAAUGGAGAAACUGAGCUGUUACUGGAUGAUGUUUUAAAGAAGAAACAGAUGAAGAUCAAUAUAAAGGGCACUGAGAAGAUGAAGGUGAUUAAGAGAAGAUGGAGGAGGGGGAGGAGAAAUGGGGAAGGAGGACAAACCCUAACACAAUCUUCCCUCUCUUGCAAUGAAAGAAAAUGAGGAAUAUUUGCAAGUACAGGCUGCAUGGUGCUGUCUUAAACACUAUAUUAUGUUGUGUAUAUGUACAACACAUUUGACUGAUGUACCAACACAGUAUUAUUGUGGAUCACAAAGAACAUGAAGUCUGCAUGUGUGUUUACAUUUUGCACAGGGCUGCAGAAAUAAAAAAAAGUGUAUUUUUCAGAGAAAUACAAAGCAAAGGAAGAGGUUCAUUAUGACUGUGAGCUCAGAAUUUCUGAUUUUCACUCACUGAUUUUAUUCCCUUUUUUAAGGAUAUUUGACAAUGAAAAUUAAAACUAGAGGAAAUAAAUUACUUUUAUUAACUUAUCUAUAGUAGUGAGAGCAUAUCAUACAUAUGGUGGAUGUAUUUCAAACAGUAGGAAAACAUAUUGAGUAUGACACUUCUUGAAACCAAAUAGUAAAUGUUUAUUAUUCUAAUGUGAAACUAUUGGUUUUGAAACAUUAUGUGUAUUUUUCAUAUUUGCCUUUUGCACUUUAACUUGUUGUAUUUUGUAAUUAUAUUAAUGUCUUGGAAAUUAGACAAAGCACCCGAGUAAGCAGAAUAAUGUUAGGAUAAAUAUCUGCCUCCUCCCUGUUCUUGACACCCAUGUUGGAGUAAAAGAUGACUUUAUGAAGAAA